UAAGAAUCAUUGAUAAUUACUUAUUUUCAGUAUUAAAAAUACUGGAUAAUAAGUAAUUAUCAAUUAUUUUUAGUAUAAUAUUUCUAUAAUGGUGGUAUUUUUCGUAAUAAUAUAAACCACUAAUUCCAAUAAAGUAUGGAGAAGUCAGUGCUUUCGGAACGGAAUCGUUAUCUUUUCUAGUUGCCAAAAUUAAGCAAGAAAUGCUAUGUAAGAGGUAUAUAAAAGUAAGACCGCGACGUAAAUCGAGAUACGAUUUACGCGCGAUUCCACGCUUUAUCUAAAGCAGUGGCAUUAUUUGUAAAAUUAUAAAUCACUAAUUACAAUAGAAUAAAGUGUGGAGAAGUCAGUGAUUUUCGAACGAAAUGGAUAUCUUGUUUAGUUGUCGAAAAAAAGCAGAGAACGUUGGCGGCAUACAAGCACUUGCCCGCGACAUAAGUCGAGACGUACGUGUGCUUUCACGCUUUACAUACAGCCAGGGCCCGCAAACUCUUAUAGAGAGAAAAUGACCAGCGUUAGUGGCGCUCCCUGAGAUGUGACACCCAGGGAAUGGGAACUAAAUUAGCCGCCAUGUCUCAUUUAAGAUAUCUUUGGAACGUCUUGGAGACAGACAUGCAUUUUAUGUGGGAGAACUUGUAAUUUUGUCACCAUUGCAAGUAAUUUUUGUUAAGUAAUAAUGUUGUUUAACAUUUUUGCAGGAGUUCGCAGUAAAGGAUCAACAUGGUACGAGCAUGUUGUGUGUCUGGAUGUACAUUUGGGAAGAAAGCACCGUCCCAUAAGUUCCCACGAAAUGCCGAACGUCGGCUACAAUGGUACAAGAGCUUAAAUAUAGUGGAAGGACUUGAACAGUAAAAGUUGAGAGUAUGCAACAAGCAUCUUCGCGAUGGUGAUUUCAACUGCUCUCAUAAAUUGCGCGUUUUAUUGAGCAAUGCCAUCCCUUUUACUAAUUUAUUAUUGGAUGAAAGGAAUGCAUUGGAUAAAAUGGAAACAGGGAUACACAAGAAGACGACACUAGAAGACCCUAAACCAAAUGAAAAUACAGAGAACGAAAAAGAACCGGAUGCAUUAAAAGUCCAGUUAGAAGAUUUAAAGACACAACAGCUGCAGACCGAAGAAACUGUAACCCAGCACAGUGAAACAUUAAGGUUGCAGCAGGAGCAAAUUAAUGAUAUUUUACAAGAGCAAAAAAAUAAAGUAUCAGCGCAAGAAAUACAGGAAUUAAGAGUAAAAGUGAAUAAACUGAUGGAGUUGACUUGCCAAACGCAUAACAGACCCGAUCUUGGAGAUGUUACUCGCAAACGUGCAUUAUCCCCAAGAGCUAGACAACUAUAUGAUGCUACAAUUCAGUUGAAGAGACAGAAAAGGUAUUUGAAGAGACUUUGCAACAAAUAUAAAGAGAAGAGACAGUAUCAUUGCGUACCACGGAUUAUAAAGGCAGAAUAGAUAGCACCGCACCGAUACGCCAACAAUUCAUAGAUAUGAUGAUGAGGAAUAAUGACGUAGGAUCACAGGUAAAAGUUUGACUGACAAAAUCUAGAUACUUCCUGUAAUAUAUUUUUAUGAUUCUCCUCAGUAACUUUAAAACGGUUUUACAUGUUACUCAUUGCUUAUUCCACAGUUAAUACAUUCAUACAUUUAUAUUUGUUAUACAUUUACAUUUAUAUAUUUAUGUUUAUUUAUACAAUUUAUACAUUUUUUCACUGUUUAUAUUUGAAAAUGAGCAAAUUAUGCCAUUAAUCACUGACAUUCAGUGAUACGUUAUGAAAGUCUUUAUUGUUCACAACAAAAUAAUGAAACAAUACGCUAAAAUCUUUUCAACGUUACCGGAGGUUAUAAACCUGACGGCAUAUAUAGUCCAGUGUUAGGCACUUUAUUAAAAUCCAAAAUCGUAACGCAUUACACAUCUAAUAAUAUCGUUAUGUGGUGUAUAACCCUUCGAGGGACAUUGUUUCUACUGAACACAUUUUUAUGAACAUUUGUAUUUAUGUUUUUUGAGUCGCUGAUUACGAAUCUAACAUCCAAGUUUCAAAAUAUUAAUAUCACAAUAACAAAGUUCGUACGCAGCUUAUUUUCCUUAGUAUUAUUGUACCAAAAUUUAUUUUAAUUACGCCUCUUGUACAUUCUGUCUGUCUUCUUUUUUUCAUAAUUUUUUUGUUAUGCAUUACGACGUACGAAUUAAAUGUUCGUUAAUACGAAAUAGAUUAAAGAAAUGGAUUAAUAUGUAUAAAUUUAUGUAAUAAGUGCAAGUAUAUGCGAACUAAAACGUCUGUAUAACUUAUAUUCAAUAUAUGUAUACGUUUCUUCUCAUGCAUUAUGUAUGGAAAAACAUCGCCUUACAAUUAUAUAAUUAUCUGCUAUUUCAAUAAUCCAAAUAUUCCUUGUAUAUAAGGCUGCUGCUCGCUGCACACUAUCUUCAACGUUAAUGUGACAAGCAAGAAAAUGAUAUAGUUACGAUAGAAAAUGUAAUAAUUGUCAGUAUUAGGA